GAUAGCUUUGCAGCUCUGCCAGCGACUGUUAACCGCAGCCGAGACAAAAAGCGAUUCAAGGUGAAGUAAUUGGCUUCAAAAUAACAGCUACUCGACUUUUUUGAGGGGGAGCCGCCUGAGUCACCACACAAAAGAAGGUCUCCGGAUAUUUGGAGAUGAGUGCCAAGACAAGGAGGCCCGGGACCGGCGGCAGCCAGACGCCCAACGAGUGCGUCCAAGUGGUGGUCAGAUGCAGGCCCAUGAGCAACCGGGAACGCUCGGAGGGAUCGCCGGAGGUGGUCAACGUGUACCCGAACAGAGGCGUUGUGGAGCUGCAGAAUGUGGUGGAUGCCAACAAGGAGCAGCGCAAGGUCUUCACCUACGACGCGGCCUACGACGCGAGUGCCUCGCAGACGACGCUCUACCACGAGGUGGUCUUUCCCCUGGUCAGUUCCGUACUGGAGGGAUUCAACGGUUGCAUAUUCGCCUAUGGACAAACGGGCACUGGCAAAACCUUCACCAUGGAGGGAGUGCGCGGGAAUGACGAGCUAAUGGGCAUCAUACCGCGCACCUUCGAGCAGAUCUGGCUGCACAUCAAUCGCACCGAGAACUUCCAGUUCCUGGUCGAUGUCUCCUAUCUGGAGAUCUACAUGGAGGAGCUGCGCGAUCUGCUGAAGCCGAACUCCAAGCACUUGGAGGUGCGGGAACGGGGAUCGGGCGUAUAUGUGCCCAAUCUGCAUGCCAUCAACUGCAAGAGUGUGGACGACAUGGUUAAGGUGAUGCAGGUGGGCAACAAGAACCGCACCGUGGGAUUCACCAACAUGAAUGAGCACAGUUCAAGAUCCCAUGCUAUCUUCAUGAUUAAAAUCGAGAUGUGCGACACGGAAACGAACACCAUCAAGGUGGGCAAGCUAAACCUCAUUGAUUUGGCUGGCAGCGAGCGUCAAUCCAAGACAGGAGCAUCAGCGGAGCGCCUGAAGGAAGCUAGCAAGAUCAACUUGGCUCUCUCCUCGCUCGGCAACGUGAUCUCCGCCCUUGCCGAGAGUUCGCCCCACGUUCCCUAUCGUGACUCAAAGCUGACGCGAUUGUUGCAGGAUUCGCUUGGAGGAAAUUCCAAGACAAUUAUGAUUGCCAACAUUGGGCCCUCAAACUACAAUUAUAACGAAACGCUGACCACGCUGCGCUACGCCUCGCGAGCCAAGUCCAUCCAGAAUCAGCCGAUCAAGAACGAAGAUCCCCAGGACGCCAAGUUGAAGGAGUACCAAGCUGAAAUCGAGCGACUUAAGCGGCUGAUUGCUCCGCAACAGCAGCAGCGCAGCGUGAAGCAGGUUACGGCGAAGAAGCAGCGCGUCAAGAAGCCCAAGAAAGAGCCCGUGUCCAAAGAAAUGACCGACUCCCUGCAGGUCUCCACCAUUGAGCAACCGCCGGAAGAGGAGAGCGAUCCCGAGGGCGAAGAAUCUGAGUCGGACAAGGAAAACGAGGCCGAGGUGGCAAAGUCCAACGAGGAGCUGGAGCGGGAGCGUGUGGAGAACUCAAAACUGGCAGCCAAACUGGCCGAGCUGGAAGGUCAGCUGGUGCGCGGCGGCAAAAACCUGUUGGACACGUACAGUGAGCGUCAAAUUGAACUGGAGAAGAAGCUCGUGGAAAUCGCCGAGCGAAAGAAGCGUGAAAUCGAGAUCCAACAGCAGCUGGAGUUGCAGGAGGAGACCACACUGGAGAUUCGCGAACGAAACGUUUCACUCGAGCAAGAGGUCGAGCUUAAGAAGCGCAAGCUCUCCAAGUGCUAUGCCAAGUAUUUGGCACUGCAGCAGGAGCUCAACGACUGCAAGUCCGACCACAACCAGGACCUAAGGGAACUCGAGAUGGCUCAGAACGAGCUGGUCAAGGAGUUGAAACGCCAGCUACUGAUCAUCGACAACUUUGUGCCCAUCGAGGUGAAGCAGCGCCUGUACACGCAGGCCAAGUAUGACGAGGAGCAGGAGGAGUGGAAAUUUUCUUCGAUGUCCCUGCCCACGCCUCCUGGUGGCGAUGGCAAGUUCAGCAGCAAGCGACCAGUGUCGCAUCCUCAGCGCAGGAGGCCCAUCUCCGAGUACGCCCUGCAGGAAGCCAAGUCAAAUGCACCGAGCUCCCUACGCUUUAAAAGCGAGAACAUCGUGAACUACGAGUUGGAGAUGCCCUGCCGCACCACACAGGAGUAUCGCACGCCCAAAGUGUCUGCCUCCCUUCAAGCAGUGCUCGCCCAAGCCAUGCAAACGGGCGGAGAUGAUAUCGACAUAGUGGACUCCCACACAAACUCACUGCGCAGCCGUCUGGAGAACAUCAUCAAUGCGAAUGCCAAUGGAGGAGCUGGUCCUGGUGCUGGCACAGCUGUGGGAAGUUCCAUCCCCAACGUCAGAAACAUUAAGUCGAGCCGGGGACUGCCGAGCGCCGCCCCCAACCUGGACUCCAACCGCCGUCCGCCCACGGGCCGUCUGCCGGCAAAGAAGCCAGCCUCGGCCUACCCCAAAGCCCGCGGCCUGGUCAACAAAUAAUCACAAGCCACUCGAAUCGAAAUGAAUUGCAUCUAACCAUAACCAUGCAACACAAACUAACCAAAGUAUUUCAUAGUCAUCGCAAUACGUACACCUCGGUACUGCUAGCCCAAUCUACUCACAUUUCGCGCUUUGAAAAAGUUUCCUUUUGGUUGAGCUAACUUGAAGACCCGGCAUUUAAACUAUAAUAAUUCCACAUUAGUUAAUGCCUCGUGUUUUAAGAAAUUCGGCCAGCCGACCGCAAACACUUUCCUUGAUUGUUUUUAUGUUUAUUUGUUACUCGACUCGAAUUAUUUGUUAUUAAUUUUUAGUACCUAUAUGUUUGUGCUCGUUUAAGUUGGCGCGUGCAUUUACCGGCUUGAGCCAAACCUUCUUCUAUCGUGCAAUCUAAGCUUAAGUUAAACCCACUGCAAUAGUCCAUUAUUUACCUAGUAAAUGAUCUUUAGUUAAUUUACGAACCAAAUAAAACAAGUCCUCAAACACAGAAAA